UGUCACUACGAGAGACGCGUGCAGUUUGCACUGACCGGAGAUUGUAGUAUCGUUGUUACUAUGUUGGCAUGAGGAUCAAGUCUCGUGAGUAGCGGUGGAACCAACGUGCUGAUUAUGCCUAGAUAAAGCAACGCAACUCCCUGACACUUUGUGUGAUAAUGGCAUGCGAUGGUUCGAUUGAGGAUUUUCCGGACAAAGUGUUGUUGACCGGAUCACCGUCUUCAUGCACGUGCAUCAAUACGUGCAAAACCCACAACAGAAGAAGUAGCAGCGUGAGCAACAUCAGUGUGGUUUUCCUCGGCUUCUUUAUUUUGUCUCUGUCUCUGCACGUUAUCACGCUGCUGUGCUACCUGGAUCUCCGGUCCGAAGUGAAGCGGGAGAUUUCUCAGCGGAGAGAAGUGGACGAAAAGUUGACCCUCGGUGGAACGGAUGUGACCGACCCGUUGAUCCCCUCCGAUCACGGAGUGAUGAACCCCGGCGCCCGGGCACAGGGUCACGAGGAGAGGUUGCUCCACAGACAGCCGGGUGGCCACCCCACCAGACCCCCCACAGCCUCAGGGGACAGCAGCAGUAUUCACAGACAGCCGGAUGGCCACCCCACAGCCUCAGGGGACAGCAGCAGUAUUCACAGACAGCUGGAUGGCCACCCCACCAGACCCCCCACAGCCUCAUGGGACAGCAGCAGUAUUCACAGACAGCUGGAUGGCCACCCCACCAGACCCCCCACAGCCCCAGGCGACAGCAGCAGUAUUCACAGACAGCCGGAUGGCCACCCCACCAGACCCCCCACAGCCUCAGGGGACAGCAGCAGUAUUCACAGAGCCAAACGGAGCCCAAGGAAACAAUCUGACUCAGAAUCAACUGGGAAACGGAAAGAAACGGAAAGAAGAAAGAAAGGAAGGAAGAGGUCUCCUCCUGGAGCUCAGGGCUCCCCCGGUCCACCUGGUUCCCCAGGCCCCCAGGGGCCUCCAGGUAUCCCUGGUAUCCCUGGUAUUCCUGGUAGGAACGCUGUGGGCCCCGCUGGACCUCCUGGUCGCCCCGGAGCACAGGGGCCCCCCGGGCUGACAGGACCGGCAGGACUCGUCGAUAAAACCAAAACGAGAGACUUCCAGCCUGCUGUGGUUCAUCUACAAGGACAGGAAACCACCAUUCAGGUUAAGGAAGACCUGUCUGAAGGUGUCUUGAGGAACUGGAAGAUGGUGUCGAUCCACCACCGUGUCUUCAAGAUGCACUCUCGCUCUGGACAACUGGAGGUCCUACUGGACGGCAUCUACUUCAUAUAUAGUCAGGUAGAAGUGUACUAUCUGAACUUCACGGACAUCGCCAGCUACGAGGUGAUGGUAGACUCCACCCCCUUCCUGCGUUGUACCUGCAGCAUGGAGACGGGGCAGAGGAAGUUCAACACGUGCUACACGGCGGGGGUCAGCCUGCUGAGGGCGGGACAAAGGAUCUCCAUCAGGAUGGUCUAUGAUGACACGCUGAUCAGCAUGACCAAUCAUACUACGUUCCUGGGGAGCGUCAGGCUGGGGGAUUCCCCCUGACCAUGACCAAUACGGCACAACUUCCUGGGGCUCCCUGACCAAUCACACCUCCUUCCUGGGGCUCCCUGACCAAUCACACCUCCUUCCUGGGACUUCCUGACCAAUCAUACUACGUUCCUGGGGAGCGUCAGGCUGGGGGAUUCCCCCUGACCAUGACCAAUACGGCACAACUUUCUGGGGCUCCCUGACCAAUCACACCUCCUUCCUGGGGCUCCCUGACCAAUCACACCUCCUUCCUGGGGCUCCCUGACCAAUCACACCUCCUUCCUGGGACUUCCUGACCAAUCAUACUACGUUCCUGGGGAGCGUCAGGCUGGGGGAUUCCCCCUGACCAUGACCAAUACGGCACAACUUUCUGGGGCUCCCUGACCAAUCACACCUCCUUCCUGGGGCUCCCUGACCAAUCACACCUCCUUCCUGGGACGUGUCUGUAACGACUGUCUUCGGGUGAAAGAGAGGAGGAUCAAGAUGCAGAGUGAUAAUCCAUAUUUAAUGGGAUACUUAAACACAGAAUAAAAACAACAAACCGACAAAACGAAACAGUCCUGUAGCGUGAACACUAAACACUGGAACAGGAACAAUCACCCACAAAAUACCCACAGAAUAUGGCUGCCAAAAUAUGGUUCCCAAUCAGAGACAGCUGCCUCUAAUUGAGAAACAAUGUAGGCAACAAUGGACGUACAAAAACACCUAGAGAGGAAACACCCCCCAUAAACAUACAAAAACACCCCCCAUAAACAUACAAAAACACCUAGAGAGGGAAACACCCCCCCAUAAACAUACAAAAACACCUAGAGAGGGAAACACCCCCCAUAAACAUACAAAAACA